GCAGUGGGACAGCACCGAUCAGUCAGUGUGAGGAAGCGAGCAGACAAGAGGAAGGCAUACAGUCGAUCAGCUCUUAGGAGCUGACAGUUUUUCUCUGAUUGUUGGGGAUCCCGCCAUUCAACAGCCAGGAUGGCUCGGGAUAUGUCAGAUAAGGAAAUCCUGAAAAUGGAGCUGGAACAGUUGAAGAAGGAAGUUAGCACAGCUAGGACACCUGUGGGUGCAAACUGUGCAGAAACCAUCUCGUUUGUUGAGGGAAUGUUACCAAAUGACCCGCUGAUUAAGGGCGUUCCAGAUGACAAGAACCCCUACAAGGGGGACAAGGGAGGCUGUAUAAUAACAUAGCACAUAGACAUCCAGGGAAAAGCCACGAUGUUUUUUUAUGAGAGCCAGUUACAUCGCUGUGAUGUUCCUGUAGAACUCUUGUGGAUAAAAUGUACAGUAGUGACAAAACUAAGAUCUGUAAUGGUAUUUGAACGAGGAGAGAGACCCUUUUCCAUCCCUGGAUGACUGUAUGUACAUGUUGAAAUGACAAUGUUUCUUUAUCAAUUUGUAAUUAAAUUCAAAUAGCUGUACAA